CCUCUUUGUGAACUCUUGCUCCGAACCAGAACUUGUUUUGUCUCCGGUUCUAUUCUUCUGAACAUAUCUGACGUGUUGGCUGAAAACAUAGGACGAGCCGUUCUUACAGCAAUACGGUCUUUUACAAAUGGAUCGGCACCAGCAUCCGUCACAGAACCACCGCAACCAGUGGUUUCCUCUCGGGCCACCGAUGCAAAUCUGAGACCAAUCGUUGCAACCACCUCCAAUGGAGGAGCAACGAGCCGCUCGGUUCAUGAGAACACUAACCACCCAGAACUCCCGCAAGACGCCAAUUACUCGGAUGAAUUCCAAGGAAGGCAUCAGAUAUCCAAAGAAGAGUUGGAAAAUGUUCUUUCACUGAGAACUACCUUUACAGAAGCAGCUUCACUUCUUUCUGUUUCAAGGCAAACAUUUUACAAGUUACUUAAAGAUCAUAACAUCCCAGCCUCAAAAUAUGUCAGCAUUAGUGAUGAACAGUUGGAUACUAUCAUAUCACAAAUAAAAACUGGACAUCCAAAUAUUGGGGAAGUUAUGCUUAUGGGACAUCUGCGCUCCAGAGACAUUGUAGUUCAAAGAAGGCGUUUAAGAGAAUCUUUACACAGAGUUGAUCCAGUGGGUAUCCAGUCAAGAAGAUCAUCCACUGUCAGACGAGUAUAUUCUGUCCCACAUCCCAAUUUCAUAUGGCAUAUAGAUGGAAACCAUAAGCUAAUUCGUUGGAAGUUUGUUGUCCAUGGUGCUAUAGAUGGGUACAGUAGAAUGCUAAUGUUUCUUCACUGCUCCAACAAUAAUCGUGCUGAAACUGUUAAAGACCUCUUCACUGUUGCGGUUGGACAUUUUGGCCGACCACUUCAUAUUAGGACUGACCAUGGAGGAGAAAAUGUCAGAAUUUGGGAAGAUAUGCAAUCAAUCAGGGGUGAAAGUUCUGUUUUAACAGGAAGUUCAGUCCACAACCAGAGAAUUGAGCGUUUUAAUAGAGACUUAAACAACAACUGUAGCAAAGUUUAUGCACCAACAUUCUAUGCUUUGGAGUCAUUAGGUUGUCUUAACCUGGAAAACCCAACAGAUUUAUUCUGUCUUCAUUAUGUAUAUUUACCCAGAAUCAACCGCACAUUGGAGGAAUUCAAAGCAGCAUAUAACAACCACUCUAUUUCAUCUGAAGGAAACAAAACUCCAGUUCAACUUUUCUCACUAAACAGUUUUUGGCUCCACAACCCACAACAGUCAGCAAGAGACGUCCUCUCAGUAAGCGACCAGAGUGAGUUCAUGCCCUUGACCAGCAUGGAAAUGCAAGAACUUUCUGUUACAAUCAACCCUCUUGAAAAUGACAAUGAUAAUGGAAAAACAUUGUUUCAGAGAACACAGCAGUUUGUUUUCAACAAACUUGUAUGAAUGAACUCCUAAGUCUGACUAAUGUAACACUUACACUUUUGAAAAACUUCUGUAAAUAAAUGUUAGUACGUAAACUGAGCAACUGAAAAAAACUUAAACAAUGAAAUAGGAAAUCACAUGAAUUGUGGAUUUGUAGAUCCUGUACCAUAUGUAUUUGAGGAUGUGAGGGACAUUUGUGUUCAAAUUGUGCUAAAUAAAGAACCAUUCAUAAGUGCAACAAGGAAGCAGUAGUUAAAUUCAUCAUCAUCUGCUGUUGUUUUCGUGUUCACAAAAAGCUGAAGUUCAUUUGCACAUGUGUGUGCAAUGGGAUGAGUUUUGGUCUCAUCAUGUACAAAAGUUAUUUUAGGAAGUGGAUGAAAACCAACACCCGGGGCCCUGCUGCUCCCUGUUGCAAAUGCCAGGAUGUGCCCAGGACUCAAAACACUCACAAAGUUCUCAUCUUCAGUCAGCAUCUUGUCUGCAAAGGUGUCUCUCAGCUCCUUUUCUGAAUACAGAUGAAAAUCUUUAGUUACUCUAGAUCUUAAAGCUACAAUGACAAAUCUAUAAAACAAGCAAGCUUAAAACAUUUUCCAUGGCUUUCAACAACAUUGCAACUGUCAGCACGUGGCGGUGAGUGAAGCAGAUGUAAGGAUCCACAUGCAGGUGAGGGAAACAGGCAGGCAGACAAACCAGUACGAGUAAAAGUAUUUAAUGAUCACACGCUGGACAAUGAAACAAUGAUCCACAAAGAGACAUAGGCUGUGUCCGAAUCCAGGGGUAGGAUGCUUGUGAGUGCGCAUUUUGAGGUCGAUGACGUCAAAGCGCAGCGACGAGUACUGUCCGAAUUCCAAGAAUCCUCAUUCUCGCGUCCUCAAACGCGUCCUUGCUCCACCCACAUUUCGAGGAUGGGUCUGAUGGAUCCUCACAGUAGCAAGGGUAUCCCAGCAUGCUUUGCGCGCCGGCCGCUGGACUCGACACUCGCAACAACGGCGGACGGAGCGGGACAGCAGUACAGCUUAAAAUGUAAGUUAGUUCAAAAAAUAGCGGUCAAAAAAAUAAAAUACGUGUUUGGGCACUUUUGGUUUGUUUUUUAUAUACGAUCUAAUACCGCAAAUUGUUUUUUUCAUGUAAUUUAAGGCUAAAACAUGCCCCCCGAAAACCAGCUCGAAUGUUUAAUAGGAAAAACCCCACCGUAAACUAGCUUCAUCCCAGCAGGCUUUUUAAAAGAAAAUAGCGGUAGAAGACUAAGCUGAAAGCGGUUCUGUUUAUAGACAUUCUUCGUUUGUAUAAGUACAUUUUAAGCAGAAAUCAGCGAGAACGAGCUUGUAUGGUGGUCCCGUCAUAAUUCCCAUGUGUGUGUGUGUUUAUUUAGCGAAUAAAGCUUCUCAUCAUUUGUUUUAAGGUUAAAACCCCACCGUAAACUUGCUUGAAAGUCUAAUAGGAAAAAACUCACCGUAAAAGAGCUUGCAUCUUAUGUAAUCAUGUAACGAACGCCAAAAAUAACGAAAACUAAGUUUAAUGUUUAUUUAAGUUAAUUUUUAAGAAACCACAUUACUGAUUUAAUGUUUUUAAUUUCAUUUUAGACGGAAAAAAACAGAAAACAAUUUUCAUCUCCCAUGUUGAUAAAUUAAAAUAUUGUUUAUUGCAUGUUUUAUCAACUAUGAUUUAUAAUCUGACUUUGUUCUUCUAUUCCUCUCUAUUCUCAUCCAGAACCAGUACCUUUAAGGAGCAUCUGUAAUUUCAUUAUGCCCAGUGUUCUCUGUUGUUAAAUGACAAUAAAGCCUUGUAAUUCUAAUUCCCUUUGUCUGUAGGACUGCAAGUAUCCAGGGUCAGGAGAGGGAGUCAGCGGAAAGCCUACUGCUGAAACCUGGCCCUGGUUUGUCCCCAUGGACGAGGUGUUGGGACAGAGGCCUUCCACUAUGCAUCCUGUCCUUAUUGCUUCCAUUCCCGAGGACACUCCAGGGCCAAGUGCAGCAGUGGGUGAGACAGAGGACAGGGAGAGUGGUGGAAGGAAGCCGGACUCCUCAUCAGGGAGAAAAAGGAGAAGGGCUGAUGAGCUCCUUGACCUGAUCAGGGAGGACAUGAGACAACAGAGGGAAGUGGAGGAGAGGAGAGAAAGAAGGAUGGACAGAUUUUUAGCAUUGAUGGAAAGAAUGGCAGAGAAAUGGUUUUUUUUUCUUUUAGUUUCUUCUGGUUCAGGUUCUAUAUAUGUGUUUGAAUGUUUUUGUUAUUUGUUUAAAUGUAAUAAAAUUUCUAUUAAUUGAUAACUCUUUUUUGAUCAUUAACAGUUUUAUUAUUCAGUUUUUAACAAGUAACAACAUAGUAAAUAAAUUGUAAGGGAACACUGUAAGGAAUAAAAGUAAAGAUAAAAGUAAAAUAUAUACAGUAAACUUGGAAAGCAGGGAGUCUUUGGUGGUGUUGCUAAAUCUACUAAACAUGGAUCGAGGUGGAUGGAGUGCAGGAACCGAGAUCCGUGGCUGAACUUUUCUGGUUGGCAAGUGGAACAUCAGACAGAGUGGUCUGCAGAGGGUGCUUCUGGAUGCCUCAUCUCACUGACCACUGCAUCGUCAAUCAAAAGGGUUUGCUGGGCUGGCUCAAUCGACGGCUGUCACAUCACUAACAUUCAGAUAUAUGCAAAAAAGGAGAUCAUGAGUAUACUACUUGUAACUCUAGCAGAUAACAGGACUAAAUGACUUUUAAACUUUAAAUACAAAGGCCGGUGACGUUUAUUGAGCCGUCGCAGCUCCUCAAAAACCACAAAUAAAAUGAAUUAAAGCUGCAAGCAGCGUCGUUCGGCCCUCGCAGCUCCGCGCCGCUCCGGCCUGGCCGGCAGCCCGGGGCACCAGGGUACGUCCGCGGAACAAAAAUUUUGACCACCCCGACACCAGAAACAGCUAACGGUCACCUCGUCCGCACCUCACCCUGACUGAGCAUCCCCUCUGAGCACACCAAGUUUGGUGCAGUUAAGACCUCAUCUGUAGGAGUUAUUACAGUUUUAAUGGUGUGUAGGGGGCGCUGUGGUGUUAUUAUACGAAUUUCACCAACCAUUUGUGUCUCAUUGGCUAAAGGGCAUGAUUGUUCAUUGCCAUGUUCAGUCUCGUGCAGAUGGGAGCCUGUUUGUGGAAGUUACAAUCAAACGUAAGGUCAUGGCGUCAUGCCAGAAAUCGCCAUGGCAUCAAAGCCCCUCCCUAUCUGGAAAGCUAUCAGAUCUGAAUGGUCAUUGCAACAUCAUGAAGACAGUGCCUGACCUUAGUGCCAUGUUGACUUAUUUAGAGGGGACAAAUAUGGGCAUUUCACCAUAAAACAAUAGACU